GUGUAUUCCCCCGAUCCUCUACCAGACCCGGCUGUAAUAUCACCAAGAACUGCCGCUUCGCUGUCAGAUGCCCCCGCGUAUUACAACUGCGAACAACUAAAACCUGCUUCCCUGCCCCCGGCCGUGCCGCAGCUCCCAGAGGCUUAUCCGCAAGUCCAGCACCCCGUUCUGCCCCCUGACCGUCCCCUAUCGCAGCUACUGUCAGCCGACACUACAACUACAAGGCCGCCGCUACACCUGGCUACACAAAAGGUACAAAAGGAAGGGGGAAUUUCUAACACAGUAUCUGCAUUAAUAAAUACAGGAGAGACAGUGAACUAUUCUAUGCAUGCAACAGCUAAUCCCCUGACUUUACCACUUCAAAGUGAGAUUGUAAAAUCCGAAGCUCCACUACACAUAAAUUCCCGAGAAUGUUAUGAUGAUAGCCAACUUACAAACUGGCUGGAAGUCAAAAGACAAAUUUGCAAAGAAGAAAACAUAAACCCCCUAGCAAUGCCGGUGUUAUUUAGUCAGCAGGCGGGCGGUCCAAGAACAUGGACAGCUAUUCCACCCCAGGAGAUAAAAGAACUGCGAAAAGCGAUAAAGGACAGUGGCAUUUGCUCUCCAUAUUUUAAACAACUGCUGAAAAGUACACUAGAAGAGCAUACUCUCACACCCAAUGACUGCAAAAAUCUUGCUAGCAUCACCCUUACAGAUUCGCAAUUUAUGCUAUGGGAAUUGAAAUGGAAGAGACUACUCAGAAAUGUAUUGGACAAUUAUAGACGUAGUAAUGAUCCAGAUUUGCGUGCUCUCACCCUGUCAAAGCUCACAGGUGAACCUCCAGAUGACCGAAAUGAAAAAGCUUAUAACCUUAUUAGCCAAGAAGCCUCUGAGCCAUUCACAACAUUUGUGGAUCGUGUAAUUCAAGCUGCUGAACGCCAGUGUGGUGAUGAUAUAGCCCGUCCAAUUAUGAUACGGGACAUUAUCGAAAAUAAUGCUAAUGCCGAAUGUAAGAAGGUGAUCAAAGCCCUGGGAAAAGAAAAGCCAACAGUGCCAGAAAUGAUAGACGCUUGUAACAAAAUAGGAAGUCCACAACAUGUAGCAGCAAUUCAAGCAACUGAAUUGGGGAGAACCUUAGGGGAGAAGCUGGAAAAAGCUCUUUUAGCACAAACAUCACAAGCUGCAGUAAUCACGGCUCAAGCAGAGGCACGAGAUCAAAAGCUCACUGAAACCCUACUGCAUAUCAAAGUCUGCUGAAACCUCCACACCAGCCAGUGACCCUGCAAAAAAGAGCCAAGAAGCAGACGCCCAAGCCUGAUCUACGCAGAAUCUUCAAGAAGAAAGUGAUCUACCAGAAGCAGCUCAAGAAAAAAAA